AUGCGUCUCCCGACCACCACCACCUUCCCCAUUCUCUUCCUUAUUUCCCUCCUCCUACUCACCCCACCCACCCUCGCCAAAUCCGACACCUCACCCAACUGCGGAGCCAGGGGAAAGUGCACCAUCGCGGGUGAGCUCCGCUGCGAGCAAAACGAAGACGGUCGCUGGAUCUCCCGCUGCGAUGGGGUCUGCCGCGUUUUCCUCAAGUUUAGCAACGACUGCAAUAUCGGUGCUCAAGGAAUAGGAGCUUAG